AAAAACAAAAAAGUUACCACCUACCAACCCCCUCCUCUCCUCCUCUCUUGCUUCUCGUUCCUUCCUCCCACCCCCAUCUUCUCCAACCCCUAUCUCGCCACAACCUUCUUCUCUGUCCACUCGCACUCGGUAGUCGAUGCGUAUUUCAAGAUUAACAUCUGGACCCCACCCUCACCCCGUUCACCAUAGUUCAACCAGAAAACAAACCCUUUUUUUCUUUUUCCUCCUUGUUUAAUACACACAUAUAUAUAUAUAUAUAUAUAUAUUAUAUGGAAGGCCUAGACAAUUCUGUAUCCCAGAUCUGAUAGCAAAUCCAAGACCAUUCUUGUUCGUUCUGGAAUUUUUGAAAUCUAUAGUGAGGAAUGAGAGAUAUGUUCGAAGAUAAGAAAGGUAUAAUUGCGAGCUUCCACCAAAAGAGCCAGAAUCCGCUGCAGCACCAGAAGAAGAGAGAAUGCGUUUCCGAUGAGGGCGACAGUAAGAGCAGCGGGGAGUCCAAGAGGAAGAAAAUGGAGGACAACAGAGACAAGGCUCUGGUGGUCGCCGGCUGCGGUGGCGGAGAUGGGGCCAGCAUCGAGGUGGUGAAGCGGCCCCGUGGCCGGCCGCCUGGGUCCAAGAACAAGCCCAAGCCACCGGUGAUCAUCACCGGGGAGGCGGAGCCGUCCGUCGCGAUGCGCCCCCACGUGCUCGAGAUCCCGGGCGGGCACGACGUGGUGGACUCGCUCGCCCGCUUCGCCCGGCUGCGGAACCUCGGGAUCUGCGUCCUCUCCGGCACCGGCGCCGUCGCCAACGUCGCGCUCCGCCAGCCCUCCCUCCCCGCGCCCCCGCCGCACGGGGCGGUGCCGCCGGCGGGGGCGACCAUCGGGUUCCAUGGCCCGUUUGAGAUCCUGUCCAUCUCCGCCACCUUCCUACCCCCGGCGAUGGCGGCGCUGUCCCCGGCCUCCGCCGCUGCGAGCCUGUCGAUUUCUUUGGCGGGGCCGCAGGGGCAGAUCGUCGGGGGGACGGUGGUAGGGCCGCUGGUGGCGGUGGGGACGGUGGUGGUGGUUGCGGCGGCGUUCUCCAACCCGACCUUCCACCGGCUGCCGGUGGAGGACGACGUAUCGAUCUCCGUUUCCGUCUCCGGUGGAGGCGGCGGCGGCGGCCGCGAAGUGGAGGAGCACGAGCGGCACGUGCAUCAGGAGCGCCACGAACAGCGGCGCCCCCAUGUUCCGCCGCAGGUGGCGGGCCACGCCGUGGUGCCGACGGCGGAGUCGUGCGGGAUGUCUAUCUACAGCUGCCACCUUCCUUCGGAGGUCAUUUGGGCUCCGACCGCGCGUCCACCACCUUACUAAUUCUAGUAGCUCUAGACUCUAUUAUCAUCUCCUUUUCUUUAAUGUAAAAUUUUCUGAUCUUUGUUUCUAGAUUAUUAAACUCUUUUAAAUAUGUCGUAAUGUAAUGGCCUAGCUUGCUGGUUUGGUUACACUGUAGGCAUUGUGCAUGUUAGAACUUGAGCCAAGGACUCCAGCUUUAAAUCCUCC